AUGGCGCCCAAGCCUCAAGUUCAUCUGUUUUUUGAUUGUCUUUCACCUUAUUCUUACUUGUAUUAUCAGGUAAAUCAAUUUUAAAAAUAAGUCUAGUUUCUGGUAUUCUGAAUACAAUUUCUUUGUAAAUAUUUCAGGCGUUGGGUCACUAUGAAAGCGCAUUGCCGGCGGAGAUCUUUCGCCGUCCGGUUUUCAUGGCGGCCAUCUUCAAGGGGACAAAGAACACGGGCUUGCCAGCAUUAAACCCGCAAAAGUUUAAAUACAUGCAGGAAGCUACAGCUCGGCUUGGAAAAUACUAUGGAAUUCCCAAUUUCAACAUUGUUGAUGUGAGUUUUGAACAUUUUUUAUUUUGGAUUUUUGAAUUGGCAGCACGACAUUUCCGGAAUAGGGACACUUCCGGAACGGUAAAUAAUACGUUAAACAAUGUUGCCCGCUACCUGGUUUCAACAUUAAAUUGUAGUUCUAGUAUCAGCGUUUAAUUAUAAACGCGUUUUUAUACCCGCACUUGAAAUUUUGGAUCAAGGUUGAUGAUGUUGUUCAUGGUUAACCUCCUACCAAGAGUCCCGAGUGGCCUCGAUAAGAGCUGUAAACGAUGCUGUCGGUAGUAGUUAUUGCAUUUAUAAGCUCACCUAACUCUAGAAACACGCACUUCAUUUUUACACCCCGAAAACAAAGUUUAAAUGCAAGUUUUACCUUAAAAACGGUGUAAAUUUAUAUUUCAUGUCUAACAAAAUGUCAGAUCAUAGCUAAAAUUGUGUUAGCAACAUUCAAUACCUAACGAUUACACUAUUGGCAAUCAAUUGAAGUACGAAAAAAACGGGAAGGUCGUUAUUUAGCAAGAUAUUCACCAUUCCGGUGAAUAUCUUGCUAAAAAGUGUCCAAAUUCCGGAAAUGUCUUGACGCGUUUCAAUUUUUUGCUAGUUUUUGCACCUCCCCUAUUAGGGUGAACCAAUUUUUUUUCCGAUUUUUUGUUAAAAAUUUAAACAUAAUUUUACAACAAAUGAAAACCAAUGAAGUCCCAAAGUAAAUGCCAUUUGACUCAAUGGCUUGAAAACCUUUAAAAGAGAGUUUUUUACAGAUUGAAGCUUCUCAUAACAAGGGCCGGACAUUUCGAAAAAACGACCGACACAGAAUCUUUUGAUAUUUUGCAUAGUUGUUGUACUAUGAUAGGUGAACGUCAGCACGAAAUUUUAGUUUUGGAAAUUACCAUAUACGGGGGUUACGGUAGGUACAAUUUUUACAAAGAUUGGGUUCGUGUGUAAAAACUGCUAGGAGUAACAGCAUGAAACUCCGCUGUUUUACGUUUUUGACCAUGGGGAACAUUUUCAUAAUUGACAACUUUGCCGUAGGAUGUUGCCUUCGACUACUUCGAAAAAUACCAAGGUACCAUAUUGAAUGUAACUUUUUUGCAGAGAACUUGUCUCAACUUUUGAAACCUCUUAGAAACACUUUGACAUGUAUGUAACAACAUAUCAAAAAUGCGCGAAAAUAAAAAAAGGGGGGGGGGUUUGGAGUUAUGGUACUUUGAAUUUUGCCGAUACGGUAUUUCAAAAAAUCAUUUUUUUCAAAAUGGGUGUAGAAGACCCGCAAAAAAUGCCAAAAUACGUUUUCGACCAUGGCGAUCAUUUUUGUAAUUGACACUUUUUUUGUAGGAUGUAGUCUUCGCCUACUUCGAAAAUGACCCAGAUGCCAUGUGCAAUGUAACUCAAUGUAACAUAUAA